CCUUCCAAAAUGGCGCUUGAUGUUGAUAAAAAAUUCUUUUGUAUUGAAAGUUAAUUUACCUUUUUACAAUGUAAUCAUUUGGCCAAUGCAGAAAAAAGUAGUUCAAAAAGAAGAAAGCAAGAAUAUGGGUUGAAGCAGCUUAAGUUAUACUGACUGAUACCUGAUUUCUCCAUAGAUUUUCAGCUGUUAUUCACAACCUUACCAGAUUCAGCAAAAGUUGGCUUUUGUUUGGUUGACUUGCCUCUGUUUUGUUCAACAUCUCACAGAAGUUGCAGUUUAUGAAGUUUUACAUGUAUAUUGUGCCUAUGGUUUAAUGUCUUUGUCUUGCUGUCUGAAGUCCAUUGUAUGAUUGAAAGAACCUUAGAAGUCAAAAAAGGAAAAUGUAAUGUUUGUAAAGAUUCUAAAUGGUCACAGAACAACACUACCAGCAGUAGCACAAUCAAAUUAUGACCAACUAGACAAUAAGGAAGACUCGACCACAGACACUAUGUCGACAGAGACCACAGAUGGCGGUACUAGUAACUCCAGUGAGAGCACAGCACUUAGGAGGAGUAUGCGCCAACAGAAGAAGAAACGUCCAGACUUUCCGAGAAUUAUCAUUAAGCCAAUUCCACCCCCAAAAGAAGAGGAAAAGCCAAGGGAAUCCACAAGAGAGACAUUCACAAGUACGAAGAUUGAAAAUGGAAUAAAUCAUCACAGCUCGGAUGAUAAUCAAAGUGACUCCUCAGAGAAUCAUAAAUCUCCAGGUUUAUCGGGAUUCCAGAAAACACAGACCAUGAGGGAAAUGCUGGCCGGCAUUCCGGGCAUUAGCAUGAAGCCAAGAAAAAGCAGAAACAGAAAGCUCAGUCAUGCUGCACAGAUUGCCCAGACUAAGGAGGGGUGUAUUGACUUGGAAACACCAGACUCAAUUCUGGUCAACACGAACCUUAGGGCUUUGUUCAGCAGAUCCACAUUCAAUCUGUUACCAGUCCACUACGAGCAUAAACUUUUGCAGCUUCUUCCAGAAUGUGACAGAGUCAUUGAAUCAGAGAGCAAAUUUAGGUUAAGCUCAACUGCAUUUAACAAUGAAUUCUUCAAUAAGGCCUGUGAAGAAUGGAGGGAGAGACUCUCGGAAGGGGAGUUUACUCCAGAGAAUCAGUUACGACUCAAACAGGAUGAAGAAAAGGAACAAACCAAACUGGAUCCUUGGAAGGCAAAGCACUUUGAACCAGUUUGGGGAAAGAGGUUCAGUGGACAAGUUGUUCCUAAGGCUGAUAUUCCAUCUCCCCCACCCCAACCUCCAAUUCCCAAAAUGAAAAUCAAGCCAUCGCUCAAGAAAGGCACAACAAAGGUGUCAACAUUAAUAAAACAGGAGAAGAUUUCACAAACUGUUUCUCAGCCAGUGGGUACAUACGUAAAAGAAGCUCCCUCAUCUCAAAGUGGGCUGUUGUUGAAGAUUUCUCAUGACAAAUCAGAAUUUGUUACGGAAAGAAGUGACAGAAGUGUGAUGCGUCAGACAUUGAAGAGAUCGUUAUCAAGUGAUAUUAAAAAUGAUGAGGACGGGGAAAGUCCAUCCAAGAGAAAUCGUGUGCCAGUGCAUUCCCCUCUGAAGACAGUUAUUCAAGUGUGUACUGCAAAUCAGAUGGCAAAAAUCACGAAACCUGUUUCUUUGGAUGUGAGCCCAAGUGCGAAUCAGCCCAAACAAGUCUCACUACUAAGCUCUGCUACCUCACCUAUUCUUUCACAGAUGCAACAAUCGAACUUCUCUCCUACAAGAUCACAUCCAAAUGUUUCUCCCCCCAAAGGAUCUCUAGAUAUAUCACCCCAAACAAGGACUCUUGCGCAGAUUAAAGUUCAGACACAGGCAGCAAGAGGCAUACCUAUCCAGAUGGAGAGGCAGACUAGAACUCUGGCUCAAAUCAAAGCAGAAACCAGAGCCAAAAUUCAAAUGAGAAACCAAGCAAAACCGCAGGAGCCAAGUGUUCCAACAACUGUGAAAAAAUUGACAUUCCCAAAUGCAACAGUUGCAAGGCAGGUGCCAAACAUUUUACAUGGGAGACAGCGAAAUAUGCCCAGCAAGGCCCCUUCCUCUCCUCCUAAUCCCAAUAUUCCUGAACCUCCAGAAGAAACGAAGGACGGAAUUAAGUUAAAAAGAUCUUUACAGAUCUGUAAAGAUGUGAUUAAGAAAACUGGAGGACUUUCAUAUCAAGUCAAUGCAGAUGGCAAAGUCAAAAUUAAUACUCCUGUUUCAGUUACAGAACAAAUUAUUAUUUCAAAACAGGAUAUAAAGCCAUCAGCAUCAUCUCCAUUGACACAGAGUACUAAAAGUGCCUCAAAAGUUGUGUUUGCCAAUACCCUGACUUCUGAACAUUUGACAACAUCCCUUCCAUCAAUAUCUGGUAUUCUUCCUACAUCCUCCAGUUUUCAGACUAUUGCUGCUGGAAAUGCAGACACGUCUGGACAGUAUGUUGUGCGUGUGACUAAACCCCCAGCUUUACAGACACAGGCUGCAACAGCUAGGGUGGUAACAGUACCGGGAUCAAAUGCAAAAUUCCUUAUCCCCUCUGGGAUUUCAACAACAGCUGUUGGCAAUUCCAGUAUUGUACAAAUUUUGAACUCUGCCCCUGGUUCUAAUUUAGUGACUAUGCAAUCGCUUCAGCCCUCUCGAGCCUCCAGUGCUCCUCCUCGAAAUGAAGUUAACCCGACAAGUGUUCAAGUGCAGGCUGUGUCACGCUCAGCCAGUGUGGGAUUAAGCAGCAACCGUGUAGAAGCUGGUACUUCUCAACAACAUCUUCAGUAUUUAUUGCAACAGCAACACCAGAAUCAGCAACGACAGAGGGUUUUAAAACUUCAACAACCAGUCUCUACCGAAACUAGCACCUCUCAAUUAAAGACUGCAGAUUCUUCCUCAACUCCAGAAGGAAGCUCUGCCGAGGGUAAUUCCGAGUCGGUUCAACAAACUUCAGCUCCUGGUUCAUCCUCUGCUGUCAAAACAGUUCAGUCUCCUGUAGCCACUGUGUCAAGGGUAAUAGUCAGCAGUGCCAGUCAGCUAGUCAGUCAGAUGAAGAAGGACGCUCAACUCGGGAAAACUUUGACAAAUCAGGCCUCGGUGGUGACUGUUCCAUCGUCAACAGGAAAUGGCACAACAAAGAUUGUUCUGCCAACUGCAAUAUUAACAAGUGCCCUGGCAGGGGCAAUGACCCGUAGCCCAUCCAUUGUGCUCAGUCAAGGAUUUAAUCGCCACGAGUUCGGUGUGAUUUUCGGAGUGAACAUGGAGAGCAGAGAAAAGAUGUCAAUUUUUUCAACCGAUUUCCCGGGGGUGACUCCUAUCAGGGGCUACAGACAAGACUUCACUGACAACUACUCAUUUCGUCACACGAGGUUCGGGGAUCAAUGUGCACAAUCAAGAUUCGACGCUCUCUAUCUACAUGACUGCGCACAAUCUAUGUCCAGGGACACAUCAUCACUACAGCUUGAUCACCUCCAUUUCCCGCCAAUAAAAUACCCGGAGUUGGAACGUGAAGUAGCAGUCAAGUUUGAACCGACUGAAUGUUCUUCCGAUACACUGUUGCCUAACGCUUUCUCUGAACUGCAGCAAGGAUACAGAUCAAUUAAACUAGAACCUGACGAGUUUCCAACAGUAAAUAUCAGAGAUCUGGGGAGUAGUGUACUACAACUGUCGAAAGAUGAUAAGACAUGCACGGAUUCCAAAGAAUCGGGUGUUUCCCGAUUACAAUAUUUCCAGAAUAAUCCACAGCUCCCACUUCCCCUACGAGAACCCCUUGUUGACAUGACUAAUGCUCUAGGUUCUCUGAAUAGCAUAAAAAGCCCAAAUGGCUCAAGCCAAAGCGAAAGAACAUAUCCCAAUAGAAUCCCAAUUUCCCAACACUUGCCCGUGCUGUGGAAGGCUGUUUUUGACUCCUCGAACACAAAAAGUUGUUCCAUCAAGGAACUGGACCCAAUCGUGAAAGGCAGCGGGUCCUUGGAAUGCUUAACAAACAAGAUACCCCAAAUUAAAAGGUCGAGGAAACUCACCAGACCGACCAGAAGUGCCCAGAGAUUGGAUCCGAAUUUCAGAGGGGCCACGGUGAUACUGCACACAGAAGUCAAGAACAGGAACUGUAGUCUCACCCUGUCUGCCAGCUUCAGUAAUGUUAAGAUUUACAAGCGCCAGAUCAACAGGAAACGGAAAAACAGUGGAUCCUACUCCAAUGCUGACACUGUGAGUGGUUCUGACGAGGAAAAUGUUAUCCCUUUCCCAAGGGACAGUUAUUACUCAGGUGAUUGCCAAACGUACUGCCCGCUUCCAGCUCAUUGGAGAGGGCCUAGGAAGAUGAAUGCAUUGUCCAGCUAAUUUUAUAAAAAAUAA